CCAAAAUUAAUAAUACGAAGAAAACUUGAAGAGAUAAUGUUUGAAAUAUCGGCUUUAUUUUUUGGAGGCAAAAUUAGGCAAUGGUGGCUAACUUUGACCAGAGAACAAAAAGCAAAUUACGUUACGUGGUUAACAAAAUGGGGAAUAUUUACCGUUGUACCUGGUACAUAUGUAUUCUGUAAAAGUAUAAAUUAUUAUUGUGAUUAUAAUAAAGUUAUAAAUCCAUACAAUGGGUUUCCAACGUUAAUGCUAUACUCGAUUAAAGAACUUAAUGACUUAAGUGAUUGGGUAACUAAGAUAAUGGUUGAUGAUUUUGGCGCUUCAAAAAAAUUAAUACAAGAUGCUGACAACAAAAUUAUAAACAAAAUUUUUUUAGCUAAUAAUUUCAUCAAUGAAGUUUUUCCUUGGCAAGUAUUUGUCGUAGAUAGCAACGAUAUGAAUGCUUUUUGCUUACCAAAUGGAUCAAUAUUUGUAUACACUGGAUUGUCAAGGAAAAUCAAAGAAGAAGAUGUUAUGAUCUUAAUCAUAGGUCAUGAAAUAGCUCAUUGUUUACUUAAUCAUGCAAUGAUAAACCUAAGUUAUGAUUGGAUUUUCAAUAUAAUAGAUUUCUUUCCACGGAUAUUAGGGAAUGCGUUUUUAACGUAUCAACAACAAUUUUUUUUUGACUUAUUUUUUCAAUUAACAUACUCUCUAACUCAAACACUUCCAAGGAGACGAAAAUUGGAGUUAGAAGCUGACUCGUAUGGUGCUGUUAUGGCUGUAGAAGCUGGGGUAAAGGCAUCAGAAUUCAAUAAAUUGUGGACAUUGUUUGAGGAGUAUGAGCCUGAUCCAACUUCAAAAUUAGGUCGUUUUUUAAGUAUUUUAAGCACACAUCCUUUAAGUAAUGUGCGCCGUGAUAAUUUAAUACAAUUUAUUGAGGAUAACUAA